CAGUCUCUCCUCUGCCUCCUGUCUUUCUCUGAGCAGCCUCUGCAAGUGAAGGAUCUCCCUCUGGUGAGAAGCUGUCCUCCCCUCUGCUGCCUCUUCCAACACUGCCAGUCUAGUUGACGCCUUCCUCCGGUACACCUGCUCUCACACACGCACAGAGACAGAGACACACACGCACACACACACACAGGAAUGAGAUGUGGUGUGUUGCUAUGAAGGAGGAGGAUUUACAUGAAGGACAGCGCAGCAGAGACAACUGGAGUGGAGGAGGGGGAGUCAAACACAUUUGGACAAGAACAUGUCUUGAAGAUGAGUGGACCUCAGACUGAGUCAGAGGAAAAGGACCGUCCCUCACCAGAGGAAUUAGAGUGUAAGAUCUGCUACCAACGCUACAAUGCCCACAACCGCAAGCCCAAGAUCCUGGACUGCCUGCACCGGGUCUGUGCCCGCUGUCUUGUCAAGAUCCUGGACAUUGCAGAAGGAGCAGGUUUCAUCUGCUGCCCCUUCUGCCGGCACCAAACAGAGAUUACAGAGUAUGAGGUGUCAGCCCUGCCUGACGAUGCUAACAUCAUGUGCCACCUGGCAAUGCGGGACAAAUCCUGGAGCUCUGACCACAACAAAGAGGUGGUCCUGACUCCAAAGAGCUUCUCCUCCUCCAGCUUGUCUCAUGACUCCUCAAACUGCCUGGUCAUCACUAUAAUGGAAGUUCAGAGGGACUCUCAGCACUCCCCAAGCAGAAAUGGCAGCUCAGAAAUCUACGCUGAGCAGAGCCUGGACUCUGUAUCAAUGGGCUCAAAUGGGCUGGCAGACCAGGACGCCCUGUCAAAGCUCUGCAACCAUGUCCCACGUAUCCUGGUCUGGCUGCUGGGUUUCUUGUACUUUGGCUCCCUGCCUCUAGGAAUCUACUUGUUGGUGAUCCAGAGAGUGACACUGGGCAUUGUUUGCGUUAGCUUAGUCCCAUCAAGCCUUACAGUUUGCCUGGUCUAUGGGUUCUGCCAGUGUCUGUGCCAGGGCAUGUGUGACUGCACAGCCAGGGGUUGAGAGAAUGCUAUCAAGAAGCAAGGGUCCUGGGAUGGGAUUGUGACAGCUGCAGUAAAUGGGAACUUGAUGUUUGAGGAAAGUUAGGAAACCCAAAGGUGAAGAUGAUGCCCUCACCUGCACUAGCUAUCCACCCGCAGUCUUCUUGGAAAUAAAGCUCAAGAAGACUAGCUUAGGUGCUGGUCUAUACGUCUGCUUGGUCAACUGCUGAAACUCUGACAUCUGGUUCGGCUUAUGUGAAAAGAGCAGCAUCAACACCUACGUCUCUGUGAUGGCGAUCUGUAUCUGUUCUAUGUUGUGUGUAUGGUCUAGUCAAACAUUUUUAUAUCUUUGGCAACAGCACUGAUAGUCUUUGGCCCUCAAUUAUCAACACUGUACAAGCUUAAAUCUUGCUAUUAGUUGGUUAAAAUGAAUGGUGGAAUCCAUUUAUUUGGAUGUCUAUUUUUUGGUUGAGUUAAAAACCAUGAAUACGUAAAAAUGUGUGUAUUAAAAUCACCAUAAAUAUGAAAUGCCAUUUCCCAAACAGCAUAAGUUUUUGUAUUGAUGUGAGCAAACAAGAAAAAAAAAGUCUUUAUGUGAUCUCCAUGAACAGUCUGUGUCUUCACUUGGUUUCUUCAGAACACCCGAAUUGUGUUGCAUUUGUUGACUGAAUGAUACCAUAACAAAGGAUUGAGAUGUAUCGAUGACAGUAAAAAUAUUUAAUAUACUUUCAAUCAUUUUAGAGAUCUUUCAUCCAAACUCGAGCAUUUAUAGCAGCACCAAAUAUUCAUAUCUAUGUUAAUGCUACAGGUCAUGGUGGUAUAGUAAUCAACUCGAGUGACAUCCCCAUAAGUCUGUAUACUGACUUAGGCGCUGUAACCACUGCCGCCGUUUUUUGCGCUCUGGGCGCUUCACAACCUCAAUUUCCGAGUGCUUCUCAUCAACGUUUACUGUUGCUAGGUUACGAAAGCCAACCCGCAGCACUUCCACUUACCUUAGAAGUGCCUGUGGGUCUGUUUCAAAAUUCUCUGUAUGCUUUAUACUUGCUUUCGUUGGAUGGCAUUUCAACAAGAAACUGUAAAAACGAUUGAUAGAUAUCGUGUCAGAGCAUCAGCAGCAGCUCUAAACUUGGAAAUCGAACCUUGAAAAAUUAGUGUGAUAACUUUUCUCCUCAGGAUGGGCAUCCGCCACUGUUGUUGACAAAGUUGAAACCGGAAGUUCUCCCCUUUCAUGAUUCUGAUUGGUCGGUGAUCAAGAAGUGACAUUGAUGAACGCGCUGGUGUUCCAAAAGUUUAACUUUUUAAAACUGAGAGCGCCGAGACAAAAAUCAGCUAACGCCUAGGGCAUUUAUGCGCUGAGGGCGCUGAGUGCUGAAAAUGCUGAAUCACAUUGAUUUUGAACAGAAAUCAGGCGCUGCCAGUGCAAAAAAUGGUGGCAGUGGACACAGCACCUUAAGAAGUGUUUCCACUGUGUUUAAAAGAAAGACAACAGUGAGGUGUGUAUAUGUGUUGAGUCGGGGAAGGAUAGCAGAACUGGCAAAACUGACAGAAUGCACAAAAAAUAAGUUGAGCAAAUUACAGUUGUAUGUGAGCACACUGAAAUAAGGUGGAGAUCAAAGCAUAAGCCUUUAGGGAAUAAACUUAAAUAGCAACAUAAUGAACAGAAAGAUGAUAUAACGUAAUACAGGAAGGGGUAAUGUAUUUCAGUAUUACACAGCUACAGCUAUCUACCAACACAGUGAAAGGUACCACUCUGAUGAAAAAAUGUUGGAAAAUCUUUUAUUAUUAUUAUUUAUUCUAUUUUAGAUUGGAGCACUUUUUUUCCAGGGGAAACUAAUGGCAUGUCAUGAAAGACAUGUAACAAUAGCAGCUUUUGUAUCUCUGAACAAUGUCAGAAAUGUUACAGUUAAAGGCUGUCGCAUUGGCUUUUUUUUUCACCAUUCACAUUCUUUUAAGGAAUGUUCAAGGUAAGGACGAAAAAAGGAUAUUUUCAUGCAACACACAUUUUAGCAAGGACUGAAUACAAAUGACCAGAUUAACUGUGACCUGGCUGUUAUACUUUCUCUUCUAACCUGUUUUACUGUCACAGCAGUGGUCUUGGUCAUCCAUGUGAUGAGGUUAUUAGUAUCACUUAGUAAUGUGCCUCUCACCCUCUCUCUGCCUCAAAUACAGACACAAACCCUUCAGGUUAUGGUGUUGAAUAUAUUUAGUACAUCGGGGUAUGAACUAGACUCACAUCUCAGGUUUUUUGAUAAUCUCUCAUUCUCCAGCAACACAUUUUAUAUUCACUUGUUUGCCGCUUUUAACAAAGUGAGGCUGCUGUAUUUAUUUUUUGCUAUUGGUUCUGAAAAGCUUAUCUGGCUCAAAGGUGCUUUCUAUGUUUUUAAAAAAUACUCUACUGAAUUCAUGUAGUAUGUCUCAGUACAUCUAAUGUUAUAAUAAUGCAAUGCAGAUUUGUUGUUUGGCAGCAUUUCAAGGUAAUUGUGCAUUAUUGAUGUGGCUUCUUGAUUUUUUUCCCUGCAUAAGUGAAAUGCUUCUUUGCAUGUAAGAUCUUGGCAUCAACGACCUCUAAAUGCAGGGUUGCAAUACACUGUGAUGCUGUUUUUGUUUGGUAAAUUUUAAUUUUGCUUGGCACAUCACAUGCAUUUCAAGGGAUUUUUUUUUUAUUUUAAUCAAGUCAUCUGCAGCAUUAAGCUUUCAUUGCGUUCCAAAAAGUAGUUUAUCAUUUCAUGUAGCUCCCUUAAAAUGCAUUUUACUGUGUCGUCACAAAUCUUCAAAUGAUGCAGCAAUAACCAGCAACAUGUGACAUUUGCAGGAGCACUUAAAGUAAAAGUUUUACAUUGUUGUUAAAAGUGUUUCAUUAUGUUAUAAGAAGUUUCUGUUUUUGAGUUUGCACAUUACUUUGGUUGCACUUGGUGCACUCACAAACUUUAACAUAUCCAGCUGUAUUUUACUCUCAAGUAUUUUCUGUAUGGUGUCGAUAACUGAGGGCCCUGGGCUGAUAAAUGUUGGAUGUAUUUCAAAUUUGUGUUAAAUGAAAUUCAGCAUUUAUGCCAACAGUGUCCAUCUCGUGCUAAACCCUUCCUCUGAAAUGGAGGUCCUGUUCAUUCUGUGUUGGGUUUUGCUGUUGUUUUCUGAUCUUUUCUCUGUCAUCUUCUCUCAAACCCCUGUUUCUUAAUCUCAGUCUGUACCCCCUCCCCCCCUCCCUCCCCCAGUGUAUUCCUGCUCCUGUCAAUGAUUUACUGACAGCAGCUCACAGCUUAGUACCACAGUACUGAUUACAGAAGCUACUAGACUAUGAAAUAAAUGGAGAAUUGUUUUCUA